AUGAAGAAUGAGAAUUGUAAAGCUCUUGAGAUUAUAAUAUUAGUUCAUGGUAUUGUGUCGCAUAUAAGAUUAGGUUAUUUAAAACAUAAUGUAAAUAUAAUAAAUAAUCCUGAAGCUUUGUUAAAUGAUUAUAAAGAAGUUAAUAGGGAUAGAAAACAUGAUGAGGGAGAUAUAAAUAUUGUGAAACCACCUAUUUAUUUAAUGGGCUUAUCUAUGGGUGGAAAUAUUGUUUUACGUGUUUUAGAAACAUUAGGAAGAUCAAAACAAUUUCAUGAAAAAUUAUAUAUAAAAGGAUAUAUAUUAUUAUCAUCAAUGAUUUAA